AUGUUCGCAGGAUAUUAUGGUCGUCGUCGUUUAAGAGCAUUACUUAACUCCGUUACUUUUGCACUUACGUUGACUCUAGUUAUCUACUACCGUCGAAAUGCUUCUUCGAUCAAUCAAAUUUUGUAUAAAUUUCGCAUGGGACAAACAUUUACAUCAAAUCAACGGUAUAAUCAUAUUCUAUUACAACGAGAUUCAUUAAGCUCACUAGAUGUUAAUUCACUUUCCGAUGCAUCACCAAGCCAAGCGUCCAAAGGUAUUUUAUCUUUAAUCGAAUUUUAUCAUUCAUCCACGAUACAGUUGAACUCCAGCUCAUGGAACGUUGUACCGAUUAUAGUCUUGUCCAAUGCGUCUAACAUCGAAAUGCGUGAUGCGAUAAGACGAACUUGGGCUUUUAAUCAAUCGUAUGACAGCGGCACAAUCCCGACCAAAGUCUAUUUUCUUGUCGGUGUCGACGAUUUUACUCAGAAACGUGUAAUUGCAGAACAAAUGCUCUUUGGCGAUGUUAUUCAAGUUGGCCUGCCUGAUAUGCAUUCAUUUUUUGCAUACAAAGAACUUUCGGCAAUGUUAUGGGUAAAAUUAAAUUAUCCAACCUCACCCUUAUACAUUAAAACUGAAGAUAAUGUUAUUAUGAAUAUGAAAAAUCUUAACAAUGUAAUACUUCCAAUUCUCAACAAAUUCUCGAAUGAAAAUUUAGUUAUCAGUUGGUUUCAGUCGGAAACUUCAGCUCCUAGAGGUCGCUAUCAAAAACUUAUUAAUGCUAUCUUACCACCAUCACAAAUUGAUUUAUAUUAUGCCAUGAGUUUAUUUUAUGCUGUAACAUCGAACGCAAUUGAUUAUAUGAUUGAUGCAUUGAGUCAUGUUGAUUAUAUUGAACAUCCAGGUGAUCCGUUUGUAACCGGUAUUCUUCGUGAUGCUGCUCGUGUUCAAAUGAAAGAUCUUUCAUCUUCUAUUAAUUCUUAUACAUACGAAUUGAGUGACGGAAAAUGUAGAGCGACGAUUGAAAAAACUUCAAAUUUAUUAUUCUGUACGGUGGCGGAAAAUGUUCGUCUGACUCGUUCAACACAGGAAUAUUUCGAUGUGUGGGACAUGCUUAUUACUAAAAAUUAA